AUGGCAUCCGAAGAUGACAUCAAUAUGGAAAACCUUGAUGAGUUUCUGGUGACAUUUGUUCAGGGGAUGGACAGUGGCCAUAUGGAUGUCAUUGAUAAGCUAAUACAGAUGAAGUUACAAGACCCCAGGUCACCCCUGGACAUCAACCACUGUGCAAUUCUGGCAUCUAUCAGAGGUAACACCGCAGUGCUAGCCAAAAUCCUGGCUCUUAAUCCUCGGAUGGCCUUUGAGGACAAGCAUGGCAGACGAGCCAUCCACCAUGCAGCCAAGAAUGGACACCUUGAGUGUGUAAGGCUGCUGCUAAAGGCCGGAGCCAUCAGUAACUGCUCCGAUUUGUUUGGGAGGAGCCCUCUACACCUAGCCUGUUCUAGAGGUCAUGUAGACAUCGUGACCCUCCUUGUUCAACAGUGUGCACACAUCAACUCAUGUCGAUCAGAGACAGGAGAGAACGCCCUGCACGUGACUGCCACGACCAGCCACAUUGACGUGAUGCAGGUGCUCCUGGAUAACGGUGGGGACAUCAAUGCCACCACCAAGCAGAACAAAGGAGGGGACACACCGCUGCAUAAGGCUGUGGAGUCUGACCAGCCAGAUAUGGUUGAGUACCUCUGCCAGCGUGGAGCACAGCUAAACGUGUCUAACCUCCUUGGAAAAUGCCCAAUCCACAUUGCUUCUGAGAAGGGUUUCCUGCUCUCCGUUUCCAUCCUCAUCCAUUAUGGGGCAUCCUUGGAGGUCACUGAUGCUCAUAUUCGGACUCCUCUGCACUCUGCCAUUGUGGAAAAUCAGACCAGUGUGGUGAAGCUCCUUGUGGAUGAGGGUGCCAAUCUCCGUGCUAUGGAUAAGUGUGGGUACACACCAUUGCAUUCAGCCAGUCUCCGGGGAAAUGUAGAACUGAUUGAUUACUUUGUGACUGUUGGGGCUGACAUUAAUGUGAGAACACCAGUGUCCUUGCACACACCUCUGAUGUCGGCUAUCACGCUUGGUCGUCUGGAUGCCAUUCACACCCUGAUUGCUCUGGGUGCUGAUGUCACCCUGCCAGAUUCCAAGGGACACACUCCUCUUCACCUGGUUCACAUGAAAUUAGGUGGUGCCCCAGCUGAUGAAAUCAUAAGAGCUUUGCUCGAAGGAGGUGGCCGCUUGGACGUCAGAGACAGUGGACAUUUGACCCCACUACAGCGGGGGAUUGUGGUCUCGGUGAUCAGGAAGGCACCGAUUCUGCCGUGGCUGCAGCUGGUGUGUCAGGCAGGGGCUAUGCUAGGCCCUGACCAGCACACUUUGGGCAAACACUCUCCACUCUUCUGGUUGGCUUACUCUGGGUUGCUGAAGGAGGCCUUGUAUUUGGCCAGAGCUGGCUGGGACCUGAACGAGGAGACUUGGAUUGUACUUCCAGGUCGGGAUGAUACCCAAGAUCGACUUCACAGAUUUAUGAUCACAUCAUUUAAGACUGUCCCAUCCUUGUUGGCAAGCUGCAGGAAGGUUUUACGAUCCCAUCUCAUCACUGUCAGGGAGCAUCGAGAGAUUAUAAGUACGGUGAACUCGCUGCCAAUACCUGACCCUCUGAAGUCUUUCCUGAAACUGUUUGAUGUUGAUGCUGAGGAUGUUUCUGUCUUGGAUCCAGAGAUGUAG